AUGUUCCUACAAGGCCCAAGAGCACGUCAUGCAACUUACCUAGUAGCAAUGGAUAUUAGUACAUUAGAUGGUACAAUUGAUGCAGCAAGAAAUCUUGAAACUGGCCAAACUUACACUCGAUCUAUUCCAUCAAGCGCAUCAGCAUCCCUUAGUGGACAAGUGAACCAAAUUAAUGAUUUGGAUCGUCAACAAUCUAAAGAACUUAAACAACCUGAAAAUCAGUUGAAAAGUGAGCAAAGUACAAGAAUUCGAUAUUUGGAAUGGAUUGGAAGAAAACAAAAAGUCAUCAUUGAAAAUGCUGUUGUGGCUGCAACCAUAGAUAACGGAGCUGCUUCUAGUGUUGUUUCGAAGCUCCUACUUGAUGAAUUAGGAUAUGAAAUUGAACAAACUACUAACAAUACUCUUAUUAAAGCUGUAGGAAGUCUACCAAGACCAUUAGGAAAGAUUAAUUAUUUCUCCAUUUGUAUUGGAGCCUUUUACACUCCCAUCUCUUUUGAUACGACUGACGUUAAUAACAUCAAUUACUGCUGGGUUGAAGAAGAGGAGUAUUGUGGUCCAACUACUGAAAAUGAUGAAGAAGGAGGAGAAAAAAUUGAAGAAGGAAGUGUACGAGUUAAUUUAAAUGUUGGCCCAUUAACUACUCCUCAGAAAGAGAAGUUUUAUAAACUAGUUGAAGAAUGUCAAGAUAUUUUUGCAAGAGAUGAAUCAUAG